UUUAUUAGUUAGGUUUUGAGGCAUAUAUGUCAAUUACCUGUCAACAUUUCCAUCUAAGAGAAUGAAACUAUAAAUUCAAAUUCCAUCAUGACAAUAUUUUCAAUCAAUAAUAUCAAACUAUUGGAAGAAUACAGAUAUCUCCGAACUACCAAUGCCAUUCUCCAGAACUUCAAGGUUCUUCCUAUAAAAAAACGAAAUCAUUCCAUAGGUGAUUUGAAAUCGACACAACCUUUUGUAAAAACUGAACAAUCAAAGAUAGAUUGUACAAUUUUUAUUGAACAAAUCACAAGGAAAUAUUCUUUUUUCUCCAAAAAAUAUAGAAACUUUCCAGUCAAAUGUAAGAUUAGAACAAACGAAUGUGGUCAAAAGGUGGCUGAACCUUAUGUUGCCAAAGAACCAUCUUGUAUCAACAUACCUCACUUUUCAAAAGACUUUACGAUGAAUCCCGAAGAAAAGUGUUCCAAAUUACAAGAGAAAAUAGUUACCUUCUCCCCUUCACCACCUGAGUGCAUGCAUCGCACUACUCAAAAAUGUUCUAAUACGAAGUUUCCAUGUCCAAAUGCACUAACAAAAUACCUAAAAACCAGAGGAGAAUGCAAGGAAGUGUACAGAGGCAUUGAAACCGGCGAGUGUAAAAAGAAAAAUUCCUGUUCUAAGAUUAAGAAAGCGACGUACACGGGAAGAGACUGCGCUUUGGAUGAUCCUUGUAAAACAAAAGCAAACCAAGAUGCGAAGACACAGAGUGAACUUCGAAAACCGAAACAAAUUUUGGAGAACUUGCUAUCUAAAUUGAAAUCUGGAAAACUGAUGAAAUCUAGUGGGUUUUUCGACGAAAAUCUCAUCAGGGAAGCUUGCAGUAAGGCUAAAAUUGCUUCCAAAGAAAUUAUGACUUGCGUCAAAAACGCUUCAGAUGGAACGUCAAAUUGUGAAAAGUCAACAGAUAUCGAGUUUGGGGUUCAAAAUUUGUGUAAGCGUUAUUCAAGUGGUGAAAGCUUUCUUCGAGAAUUUGAUGAGAGCAGACCUCCCGAGUGUGAAGUUUUUCAGAUAGAAAGAGAUUGUCUUCUGUAUUCAUUGAAAAAACAAGACAUCAAUUCCGGAUUUUCAGAAGGCAUGAGCAAAUCUGCAAAAACCAAGAAGCUAGACAGGAAGGAUGAGAUACUCCAGAAGUCCGAAGGUGAAGACAGGGAGAUAGUCAAAUCUAAAAAAACUCUAAAGAAAGUACCAAACAAACCGAAAAGUAAAAAUGGCCUUCGUAGGUUUCGAAAGAAACCCAGAUGGUUCAGCAAAAUUCCCAUUGAACCAAAUAUAAAAGGAAGCGUUAUUUUUGCGAAUGGAACAGCCCAGGUUCUUGAUGAUCCUUGCAAGAUUUUAUCCGUUAACUUCAGUGCUUCUAACUUACAGUCUAUGGAAGAGUCGAAUGAUUUGGAACCUAAAGGUAAUUAUUGCAAUCCGACUCUUCAAAGCAUGAUGAACAACUAUGAUUAUGUAAUAGAAAGGUUAACUUCAAACUGCGUUCCCGAGGAUGAGAACUUCAAAGAAAAGCAUCCCAAAAACGAAAAAGCUGACAGUGAAAUAAAUGAAAACGUCUUAGUUCGUAACGAUCAAGUAGAAGUCGAAAUUGCUCCAGUAGUAAACAAUUUAAAACAGAAGAAAAUGGAUUCUAAUUUCGAGAACAAAGAUAAAGAAGAAAAUUCAGAACCAAUAGUGAGACAGAAGAAAAUAAGCAAGUUAGACAAAACCAUUAAAUGUUUUACAACGACAGUGUUGCCGGAAAAGUCACAAACUAAAAAGAGGCAAAAAAGAGUAAAAAAACGUCCAGAGUCCAGUUUGAAACAAAGUUCAACCGAAGGUCCCAACAGUUCCUUGUUUGACUUGAACAAGUACUCAGCAUCAACGUCCGAUGCUUUCGGCAAAGGCUAUCAUGCCAUGACUACCAACAACCUGCUUCUCAACUUAGAGAAAAGAAGAAUUUCUGAAGAUAUGAGAAAUGAAGUUGAAGGAGUGAGAAGCGAAAACAGCUUUAUUGAAAUCAAAGAAAUUAGUACAAUAUAUGACAGUGGUGACGAAAAAGAUCUGCCAAACAGUAUAUUGAGCCGGAAGUCUCCGAAGAAUGGCUUAAAAAAGGACCAUCUAGCGUUAUCAGGUAUUAACAGACCGGCAACUCAAAAAAAUAAUCAUUUAAACCUUUUGGAAUCGAAAGCACUAACUCCUGUUUCAAGUUCGUGGAAGAAGAUACCAGGUCGAGUUAGUUCUGGAAAAAUGAAGGAUAAAGGCGGGAAAACUACAGUGAUGAGCUUGGCCAAUAAACUAGAUGCAAUGGAAAUCAAAGGCGUCAACUACCAGCAAAACCGUAUGAAAUCUACAGAGAGGUCUGCUCUAUCAUGGAAAUCUAAAUGCGACAUCGAUCGCAGGCCAUGUCCCAAUAAGAAAAAGAACUACGACGAGAAGGCGGAUGCGAUGUAUCCUCUUCCGACUGACUGGGACUAUGAGGAGAGGGUUCCUGAGGAAAUCGCAAGGAAAUGGAACACUUGGGAGUGCCCGAAAGAGAAAGAAAUUGGGUGUCCAGUUACCAGCGAAGACCUAAAGAAAGGACCACCAAAUAAAAAACCAGUAAGCGCAGCGGCCAUCAACAGAUGCAACCUAGAGGAGUGCAAGAACAGGAUGAGGUGCAGAAGGCCAGUGUCGAGAUGUAGAAAUACUAGCGGAGUAAGAAGGCCUUUGGGUCCAGGGAAAUGAGUUUUUUUUUGUUUGUUCAAUAAAGGAGUUUCAUGAUGGA